AUGGGUGACCUUGGCUGUAAGUACGCAGAACAGGAUAACCAGUUGGUUUCGCUGCAGGAAGAUAUUAUCGCAGCUGAGAAUUCCGUUCCACCAGAGAUUUGCAUUGAGGCUGCUGAAGUUGAACAGAAAGUGAAUGUACUAGAGCAGCGCAUUACAAAGCACGAAGAGUUCGACAAUUAUCUUUCUGAACUAGCCGACAAGAUGCAAGACGAGCAAUCAGAUCCGUUUGCACAGUUCUACGAGGCACUUCCGGCUCUGGAACGCAUGCUGGCAGGAUUGUCAGUGUAG